UGAUCUUUAACGGUCAAACGAUACGAGUCGUUGAACGUGUCUCUUGUAAUAACAUUAUGAUCGAAUAAUACAAGUUUAUAUUUAAAAGCAGAAGGGAAAAAAUUCUUUCGAGUUCUUCUUCUUUUCUAUUUUCUUUUUUUCAAAUUUUUAAAAUUAUUCUGAAAUUAUAGUGAAAGCAAAAAAAGAAAAAAAAGGAAAGAAAAAAAAGAAUGUAUACCACUAAGAAGAAUAUUAACAAUGUUGACGAAUCUGACAUCAUUUUGAGUUCGUCUCCUCUUGACAAGCCAAAACUCAUACACGGUGGGAAUUAUAUAAAGGAAGGUAAAGAUUCGUCUAAGAGUACGUGCCUAAUAUUUUCACCUAAGGAGGACGAUGAGGUCGGAGCAUUAGGAAAAUAUCUUCAAUUAUUUGCCAAAUAUGAAAUAAAUCUUCUACAUAUAGAAUCUAGAAGUUCACGUCGUGUAAAUGGUUACGAAUUUAUGGUAGAAUGCGCACCAAGUUUAAAUCUUGGUUCAGUCAUCGAAGAUCUUCGAGUACAAUGCAAAUACUUUUCAAUUAUUUCUAGAAAUCACAAGGAUAAUGUAGACACCGUGCCCUGGUUCCCAAGGAGAAUCAGAGAUCUCGAUAAAUUCGCCAAUCAGAUACUUUCUUACGGAGCAGAACUUGACAGCGAUCAUCCUGGAUUUACAGAUCCUGUUUAUCGAAAAAGAAGAAAAUAUUUUGCUGAUCUAGCCUAUAAUUAUAAACACGGUCAACCUAUUCCAAAGGUGGAUUAUACGUCGGAGGAAAUUGCUACAUGGGGAAUAAUUUUUCGAAAUUUAACGAAACUUUAUCCAAAGUAUGCAUGCAAAGAGCAUAAUCAUGUGUUUCCACUUCUAAUAGAAAAUUGUGGAUACAGGGAGGACAAUAUACCGCAGCUCGAGGAUAUAUCGAAUUUUUUAAAAGAUUGUACCGGUUUUACUCUUCGUCCAGUGGCAGGUCUCCUUUCCUCUCGUGAUUUUUUAGCAGGCUUAGCCUUCAGAGUAUUUCAUAGUACGCAAUACAUUAGACAUAGUAGUAAACCUUUAUACACACCGGAACCAGACGUUUGUCAUGAAAUACUUGGUCAUGCACCACUUUUUGCCGAUCCUGCAUUCGCUGAAUUUUCACAAGUCGUUGGUUUGGCAUCUCUCGGUGCACCAGACGAAUAUAUCGAGAAACUUGCUACGUGCUUUUGGUUUACGGUUGAAUAUGGUAUAUGUCGACAAAAUGGCGAAUUAAAAGCUUAUGGUGCUGGUUUAUUAUCGUCCUUUGGCGAAUUAGAGUAUUGUUUAAGUGGAAAGCCAGAGUUACGACCUUUUGAACCAGCUAAGACAUCAUUGCAAAAAUAUCCGAUAACUGAAUAUCAACCGGUAUAUUUUGUUGCGGAAGACUUUGAUGAUGCUAAAGAAAAAAUGAUUAAAUUUGCACAAACCAUACCGAGAAAGUUUGGAGUCCGAUACGAUGCUUACACUCAGAGUAUCAGCAUCAUCGACAGCAAACAUCAAAUAGAGGAAUUGAUUUAUAAUGUCAAUCAAGAAGUUCAAAUUCUAAUGGACGCUUUGAAAAAAUUAAAGGAAUAACGUUUAGCGUUA